CUCUCUGACUCUCAACUCAACUUUGGGCAUUUAAUAAGCCUUUUUCUAAUUUAAUUUCGUCCGCGCCCCUAAUACCCUGGUUUCAAAAUUGGACGAGGUUCCAGGUCUAGCCGCCCAACCGUUUGGAGGUGGCUUAUGGUAGGCCCAAAGUCCCAAACCCAACCCUUCUGUAACCCAAUACUCAAACUCAUCGCAGCUCCAAGUCUUAACAGCCCCCGCAGUAAACCGGCUGAACCGUUGAAAGAAAUGGAAGUGGAGACGGACGAGAAGGAACUCAAAGCCGCCGGGGCCGUGCCCCUGACAGACGGUCGAUUCGGCCUGCGCAUCCAUGGCUGGGAGAUCGAAUCUCGCAAGCGCUCCAUCCUCAACUCCUCCAGCCUCCAGCUGUGGGAAGAGAAGCUUAGGACUUCUCACUUGCCAGAAAUGAUUUUUGGGGAGAGUUCUUUGGUUCUUAAACAUCUGAAGAGUGGCAUCAAAAUCCAUUUUAAUUCAUUUGAUGCUCUAAAUGGCUGGAAGCAGGAGGCAUUGCCACCAGUUAAAGUCCCUGCAGCAGCGAAAUGGAAAUUCAGAAGCAAGCCCUCCCAGCAGGUGAUACUGGAUUAUGAUUAUACAUUCACGACACCAUAUUCGGGAAGCGAAACAAUUGAGAUAGAGACAGAAAAGUGUGGAAGAGAGGAAACCUCUCAGCGGAAAUGCAGUCUGCAUUGGGAGGACUGUGAGGAGAAAAUUAAUUUGAUUUCACUAGCAUCAAAAGAGCCUAUUCUCUUCUAUGAUGAGGUAGUAUUGUAUGAAGAUGAAUUGGCUGAUAAUGGAGUUUCGCUGUUAACUGUAAAAGUGAGAGUCAUGCCAAGCUGUUGGUUUCUUCUCCUACGAUUUUGGCUUAGAGUUGAUGGAGUGCUUAUGAGACUAAGGGACACUCGUAUGCAUUGCAUCUUUGAAGUUGGUGAAAAUCCCAUCAUUCUUCGAGAAAGUUGCUGGAGAGAAGCGACAUUUGAAGCUUUAUCUGCUGAAUACUUAUCAUGCCAGCCCACAGUCUUCUCUCAUGUCUUUUUGGAGUAUGAAUAUCAGGUCCAAAUCUGUUGGGGGUAGGAUCUAUUGAACAAGUGGAACUAUGAACAGCAGGUCCUAAUCUGUUGUGUGUAGGAUCUAUUGAAAAAGUAGGAACAGCUGUGUAUGUUUUAGAGAAGCAACUGCCAUCCUCUAGUUCUUUAAUCUUUCCUGUGAGGCAUUCUGAUAUAAUGUCAGCAGUGAUUUAGCUUGCAGUGCCUAAAAGACUUGCUAUGACCCAAUAAAAAAAGAAACUGCAGCCUACCUAAAAACUCUAGGUCAAGAGUAAUAUUAUAAUUGCCUUAAAAAAAUGGAAGCUAGAUGGAAGAAGUCCAGGAAAUUAUGAUUAGGUGACUGCACAUAAAUGGUCCAACAACUCUUCAAUGAAUUAUAAUUUAGUUUUCUUCUCUAGAUUUCAUGUGAGAUAACGUUGAACGAUGUAGGACUUGUCUCCGCAGUAUGUCCCAUUAGGCUCCACUUAUAACACCCCACUCCCCACAGUUAAGAAAGACGUUAUUUUUUUAGAAAAUCACAGGAGCCGGAGUGCUACUAUUGAAUCUACUUAAAAAUAUAUUCUUUUUUCUAAAGAAAGUGCUGAGUACAAAGAUUCCUUAUAAUAAAUUUUUUUUGAUAGGUAAUAAGUAAUUUUAUUGAGAUAAAGAUGGGCAUAGCUCAGGUACACUGGAAGUAUACAUGUGCAUACACAUAUUUAAGAGCUAGAAAUUGAUAUAAGAAAAUCAUGGAAGUUGAGGCCAUUAAAAUCUAAAGCAAUGGCCCACAAAGACAAAGUCUUCCAAAAAAAACUCCGAAAUUCUUCCAAGGAACUUUCAUGAUCCUUGAAAAGUCUCGCAUUUCUUUCACUCCAAAUACACCAAAGAAUACAAAUUGAGCCCUCUUCCACACUGCUGCAAUCUGUGAUGUUCCAGUGAUCCCUCUCCAACUUGCUAAAAGAUCCACCACCCGACUCGGCAUUACCCAUGCUAUUCUCAUUCUGCUGAAAAAGUAAUUCCAUAUCUCACAAACAAACUCACAAUGUAGGAGUUGUGAUCCACCAUUUCACCAUUGUUUCUACACAAAUAGCACCAGUCCACAAUUAUGAGGCCACGUCUUCUAAAAUUAUCAAUGGUCAAAAUCUUCCCUAGUGCUGCUGUCCAUACAAAGAAUGCGCCCUUGGUGGGUGCUUUACUUCUCCAAAUGUUCUUCCGCGGGCCUUUGUUGCAUGGUAAUAACUUCAUAAAAAGAACGUAUUGAGAAUUUCCCCUUUCUAGAAGGACUCCAUAUCUCACAAACAAACUCACAAUGUAGGAGUAUGUGAUCCACCGUUUCACCAUUGUUUCUACACAAAUAGCACCAGUCCACAAUUAUGAGGCCAUGUCUUCUAAAAUUAUCAAUGGUUAAAAUCUUCCCUAGUGUUGCUGUCCAUACAAAGAAUGCGCCCUUGGUGGGUGCUUUACCUCUCCAAAUGUUCUUCCGCGGGCCUUUGUUGUAUGGUAAUAACUUCAUAAAAAGAAUGUACUGAGAAUUUCCCCUUUCUAGAAGGACUCCAUGCCAUCACAUCUUCAUUUGUGGCAACAAUAGGCACAUUAUACUGCAGGUUCAAGAAUUCCAUCAAAGCAUUCACUUCCCAAUCAUGUGCAUCCCUGAUAAGGCUAAGAUUCCACUCCUGUGAGCCUUGAUUGAUUACCCUCAAAUCAGCCACCGUAGCCUCUUUUUCCCAUGCAAUACUAAAAAUUGUGGGAUAAACAUCUUUUAAAACCGUAUCUCCCGUCCAAAAACUGAUCCUACUACCAUCUCCCAAACACAGCCAGGUAUUACAAAGGAAGGAGCCCCACCCCUUCCUUAUAAAUUUCCAUAGCCCCACUCCAUAAGUCCCCCUGCCCUCUUUAGAGCACCAACCCCCAUGUUCCCUGCCAUACUUAAUGUCAAUUACCCCUUUCCAUAAGGUUUUCCUCUCAUAGUUAUACCGUCACAGCUAUUUACCCAACAAAGUCUUAUUAAAAGCUCUCACAUCCUGAACCCCCAACCCACCAUCUCUCAAGGUAGAACAUACGUUAUCCCAUCCCACUAAGUGAAACUUAAACUCAUCUCCUAUGCCACUUCAUAAGAAAUGACGCUGGAGUUUCUCCAACCUCUGUGCAAUGCUAACGGGGAGUGGAAAUAGAGAGAGCUAGUAUGUAGGAAGAUUGGAUAAAGUACUUUUGAUAAGUGUAAUCUGCCCCCCUUUUGAUAAAUGUACCUUUUUCCACCCAGCCAGCCUACGCUCGGAUUUUUCUAGCACUCCUUCCCAAAUUGACUUAGCUUUUAAAGAAACUCCCAAGCGGAAGACCCAGGUACUUCAAAGGCAACGGAGAAAUCAAACAACCCAAAAUAUUAUCUAACCCUCUAAUAUUAGCUAACCCUAUAAUAAAUAGAAUCGUUUUGAAUUAAAAUACUGAAAUCGUAAAUUAGAGUGCACUGAAGCAUUUAUUAAAAUUUCUCAAAGUCCUUGCCAUAAAAAAAAAUCAUAACUUAAAAUCUCUGUACAUGAUCUAGUCCACUGUUACGCCUUCCUAGACUAAGUCUCGUCCUGCAGCUCUACCUUCAUAAAUAUUUUGACAUGAGGUGGUUUAAAAAUAUAAAACAAAGUAAAAUAAGUCGAUGACUCAGUAAGAACAUUCAUAUGUAUGCUUAUGACAUGCAUGACUUAUCUUGGCUUUAUCUGACUUAUCUUACUUAUCAUAGUAGUUCACACACUUAACCCUAUGUGCAAGGUUGUGCACCCCACAUCCAAUGGCAGCGAGGGGAGCCUCUAAUAGUAUUUUAGCAUACUAUAAUGAACCACAUUUAGGUCUGUGUCUUGCACGUUCACCCAUAAAUUCGCAUUGGUACCAUGCAUCUAAAUGACCAUAUUAUCAAACUGUUUUUAUGUUAUAUUUGAUUUUAUAAAAGUUUACGUGUUUUAUACAACGUGAGAUGUAUAAUACAUAUAUAACUAUAAUAUGCAGAAUAAAACAUGAUGAAUGACGUUCUUGCAAAUAUCAUGACGUGUGGUACAUAAACACUAGCUUUCAAAGAACUAACUUUAAUAAUAAUAUAUAUAACUAGCUAACUUAUGUUAAUUCUAAGUGAUGAUCAAGCUACUUACCUCACAACAUUAAUCUAAUAUUUCUGGCAUGAAAUCAAUCACGUGAACUAGGAGGAGAGAGAAAACGUGAGGGAUGUUGUGAGAGGAAUGACGCAGGCUAUUGGCAUGGUGAACAUGGGAUAUGCACGGUGUUGGACUGGAUAUCUUGGGUUCAUCUGCUACACUUACGAAGGUUUAUGAUUUUUUUCAAAUAACACACGGAAGGGAGAUAUAUAUAGAGUGAUUUGGGAGAGACUGCCGACGAGUUCGAGUUCGAGUUCGAGUUGGACUUGGUCACGAUCAUUCAAGAAGAGAGUUUGAAUUUAAAAACAUGAUCUAAUAGUUCAUUCAAUGUUGGAUUGGCAAUGACUGAGACUGCGUAGGGUAUUUCAAUUAGUGAGGAUUUUAAAUUGAAAUAAAUUUCUAAGAGAAAACCUUCCCACCGGUCAAUCUGUUAAUACCCAAAUAACAGCCCACUAAUAAACUAUUGCCACGUAACUCCUCCAUUUUACCUCUUUAUGCGCCUGACUACAGUUGAUAAGAAAUUGAAUACCCAACAUGUGGUCAUCACCUUGCCCUCUCCCUUUUCCGCCAAAGCCCCCAUCCCAAAGCAGACCAGAACCAAUGCGACGAACCCCGUUUCUCAUGGUGCGAAGGAGCUCGACCCAAAGCCGCGACAAAACUCAACCUCGAGCCGCGACAGAGCUUGACCUCACGGUGCGGCACGAACUCGAACCCGAGCGUGGUGGCGCAAGCUUGGUUUCUUUUUGGCCUCCAUAGAGGGAUUUUGAUGACUGUUUUCCUUUGUUUGUUUCAUUUUUUUUUUUUCCUUUUGGGUUUUGGAUUUUGGUUCCUUUAGUAUUCGGUCAUGUAAAAGAAUCAUUGAGAUCAAAUAGAAGACGACAGAGUUUUCUCUUCCCAAUUAACUACACGCAAAUUGUAGAAAGAAACAAUCGAUUCUUUUUCCAUA